UUUACUUUACACUAGUCGUCUCUCGUCGUCGUCAUCCCCCUCCAUAUUGUCUGGGUUUAGGGUUUAGAGCGUGUUUAGCUCUGUUCCUUGUCCAUCAUAGUGAAUUGUUAUAGUAUGUGCUCUUUCGCAUCCUGCUAAACACAAUGCAUGCUGUAAAGGGUGCUUGGGUGGGGCAAACCUUUGCCCUUGCCAAGCGCAAUGAGUCUGAAGUAAGAAAAUCAAGGAUUCGCCGUUCCAAAGAGGAAAGAAAGGCAAUGGUUGAAACAUUUAUAAAGAAGUACCAACAGUCUAACAAUGGAAGCUUCCCAUCACUUAAUCUUACCCACAAGGAAGUUGGUGGUUCUUUCUACACCGUACGGGAGAUUGUACGAGAUAUAAUACAAGAGAAUAGAGUGUUGGGGCCUGCUAAGUUCACUUUAGAGGAGCAUCCCUCUGACCAGGUUUUGGAACGAGAUCUGUUAGGUUCGAUUGCUGUAGAUCCUAAUACUUACUUGGCUGCAUCUCCAAAUGAAAAUCAUCAUGAGCCUAGCAAUCUUCAGGGUACGAGUGAGAAAAUGCUUUCUGGGGAGCAUAUUAGAGUUGAGGUUCAGUUAUCUGAUAAUGGGAAUGUACUCAAUGGUAGCCAGGUGAGUGUAAGAAACAAGGAAUUCAAUGAAGCGUAUGGAAAUGGAAGUGUAAUUAGUGAUAGCCAAGUAGACGAGACAAACCAGGAAUUGGUUGAAACAUGUAGCAAUGGAAAUCUCAUCCAUGGUAGCCAGGUAGAUCAAACAAACAAGGACUCUGUUGAAGCAAGUAGGCCUGACUUUCAAGCCAUUGAGUCUUUGGCAACCCCAGAGGAUGUUACACAAAAUUUGGCAGUGCCUAUAACUAAUUUAAGCCCUGUCACGGCUGACGUGGUUGUAGAGACAUUUCCAAUAAGGUCUGUUACAAGGACAGCCAUUGGAACAGAAAGUUCUGGAGAAUCAAGAGAACUGAUCAAUUCUUCAGAAAAUGAAACAAAAAAUCUGGGCUCGCAUAUAGGCAAGGCAAGAUCAGAAUUAGAAAGUGUUGAGUUGAUGAAGAAUUCUAAUUUACUUGAUGAGAAGUCUGUGGAUGACCUUGGAAAUACAUUUUCUUCUGGUAAUGAGGAAGAAGGAAAAAAAUGUUGGACAUACACUGGUCAAAAGCACAAUGCAGGCAGCCCUUGCUCAUGACAAUGAAAUAUGUGCUGACCUUCAAGUUAAAGCUCCUCACCAAAGCAAUAUUUUGACUGCUGAAGUCAUUGAGCAAAGUCAAACCAUAUCUGGUGCCAAG